ACAAACAGAUUCAAACAAAUAGAAGUUUCUGUCCAUGCACAAGUCUACACCUCUAUUUCUGAAGCAGAUAAAAUGAGUAAAAGUAAGUUAUGGUGAUGCUAGACGGAUGUACUUCGUUAAUCUAAGGAAUUUAAGCUGCCUAUUUACUUGGGCUUUGCUGUAUAAACCUGAUGUCUGGGUGUGCAUCAUGGACUUCCACAUCUGCUUAUACAUUUGUUCUCAUCAAAAUAAAAAUAGCUAAAAAUACUUCAGAAAUAUUUAUAGAGUCCACUUAUUAUUUUUAAAAUGGAUGAACAUGUGUAUAUAUAUGUAACACAUUUUUACUGUUCACUGAAAGUUCUCUGCCCCUUAAUAUCUUAACCCAAGAAACAACAGUUAAACAUUUAUUUGUUGUCAUUAGCUGAGUAGAGGUAAGUAUAAAACACAUUUACCUUUGCAACACAUUACUGCCUCAUGAUGAUACAAGCAUGCUCAAAAAUUGCCAUCUGCAGCACAUGUAUGUGCUUAAAGGGACAAAGUAGGAUCUGUAACUGCCUCAUCUCAUUAAAGUGACUAUGGUUUCUAGAGUCCACCAGUGCCAUAAUUCAUUCAAUGUAUAAACUAUUCAAUGGUAUGCUAUGACUUUAUAGACAGACAGAGAGAUUGAUCAAUAGAUAGAUGGACACGCAGGCAGGCUGACAGAAGGAAGGAAAGACAGACAGACAGACAGACAGAUAGAUACUUUCCAUGAAUUUUCUACUUCUAUAAUAACAGAUACAAGUCUUUUAUAAAUACAUGAACAAUACAUGGAGAAACAUGUAAAGAUUGUAUAGCAUAAUAUAAAGGUAAAACGAUUGUAGAGUAGGUGGGGGAAAUGCCUAUGACACUGUUUUCUUAUCUGUAACUGUAUUAUUUGGCAAAUAUUUUUAAAAGCUUUUUUGGCCAGCUAAAAUUAUAAUAACACCUUCACACAGGCACUUAUGUAUACACAACUGCCCGGGUAUCUUACCAUACUCUGCAAUAGUGUAUAAACAAUUAGCAUAAUUACAUCCUUUUUUUAAUCCAUACUUCCAUAAUAACAGAUCAGCUUUAUCAGUCUAAGCAUAGUGGCACCCUGUCUUGUAUUGGAGAUUGCUGAGACCCUUAUAGCCUUACUCGACUCUGCUACACUGUUAAAGUCAUUACAUUGACUAAUCAACUAGAUUCUAUUAUAUUUGAACCCCUCUCAAGCCAAUUACUCUUUAAAGCUGCAUUACAGUUAUAUUAGAAUGUUUCUAGACCAUUCUCUCUUGAUUAGGCAUAUCCAUAAAUGGAAAACAUCAUUACCUGCCCUAUUCGCUAAUGCUUUUCUCAGUGCAGCAAACUAUAUAAACUUUUUGCAGUGGAUAGCACUACAUGUCUACCAGCCAUCUAACUCCCAACACCAACCGAAUUUGACAAAUUCUUCAAAUUGUUCAAAAUUCAGUGAUGGAGAAGUUGACUGUUGUGUUUGGAGUUGCUUUCAAAUAUGUGAGAUUUGGGGAGAAACAAAUUUAUCUGGAGACCACUUUACACUUGUUAUUGCCUAUGUCCUUGUAACUGUCCAUAUUGUUCAUAUGGUGUUUCCCCUGAUAAAGCCCCAAAACAUACCAGGUCCAUGCAAAUUGUACUGGCAACUGGACCAUUCUUCAUUCUUCUGAUAACUUGACUCUGAUGCUCUGCCAAAUGAAAUUAGCGUAUGUGUUUAAUUUGGACUGGGUUGAAGCAGCAGCAAAAUAAAGAGUAUACAUUUUCCUAAUUCUUUUAAUAUUGGGAGCCUUAUGUCUUACAUAUGAUUUUUGGAUGAUGCCUAUAAUAAAAUAGAAUACAGAGUGGUAUUCCUUCCAUGUACUCUGUAUGCAAGACUAUAUUUAACUUGGAUGGUGGAGGGAUGGAGGAGUUUUGGCCACUAUUCUCCUCCAUUUUUCUUGAAUAGGGAUACUCUUCAUAUAUUUACCUGGACUUAUGUGCUAAUAUUUUGACCUGGCCACUAUUCUCCUCCAUUUUUCUUGAAUAGGGAUACUCUUCAUAUAUUACCUGGACUUAUGGGCUUAUUGUUAUUAUGUGACUUUACCAUUACUUUUUUGAAAACAGGUUAAAAAUUAUUAAAUUAUUAUUUUCAUAUUUAGUAUUUUUUGCAAUUUUUUGCAUUUAUAAUACUCUUAGAAUGUUACUUUUUGUCAAUCUUUAUUUUAUUGAAGCAUUGUGUGAACAUUACAGAAAGGAAGAAAAGGAGAAAUAUAUCCGUGGAUAAACAAAUGAGUACAGUAGUUAAUAACAUCAAUAUUUUCUCACAUGAGUAUCUGCUUCAUUUUAUGUUUUAAAGAACUUUGCCUACUCAGUUUAGCCAGGCACAUACGGCCAUUAUACACAAUUAGCUUGACAGCAGAUAGGCAACUUCUAAUGCUAGGUCAGCGUUAUUGCAACAUGACUGCUAACAGUCUAGUGGAGCUGUGCUCGUUUGUAUACCAAAAAAUAGGCUUUAACUGUCUGACAUGUCUCGACAUUAACAAGUAUGGUUACAAGAGUUAGAGGACAUGCUUGUGAGAUUAUUUGGAUGAGUGAGUCUAUAACUUGCAUUUCUAAUGAUAGACGUACCUCCGUGGUUAUUGUGUAAAUAGGCAUUAUCUCAAUUUACUGAGGCAACAAACAGAAAUUAACCAACUGUGGUUUAGACAAUGAUUGGAGGGACUGCCAUAUAGCAGGGUACAAUGCAAGUAUAAGUGUCAGGUUGGGUGUUGUGAUGCUAAGUGGAGUAUUUGUAAGUAGAAAUGUUGUGUAAAUCUGGUGUUUGGUUGGGAGCUUAUCAUAGGAGCAUACAUUAUGUAUUGGACCAUAUACUUUUUCAAAGGAGGUCUGCAUCAGUUUGGGGUUUCAGAGCCUAUGUGUCAGCGCCUAUGUGCCUCUGAAUAGUGUCCGUUCAUGAGUGGUGAAUGGACAGCCCGCGUGUCAGCAGGUUAUCCUAUUCCUCCAAGGGGAGCUGCAUCGGUGGCUCCGGGUAGGUUAAGGUGUCGGCUGAUGGCCAGGGGCAGAUCAGUUCCUCCCUCCAGCUCUGGGCCUGUGACAAGGCUGACAUCUUGUUCCCACGGACUCGGAAGCCUCUGGGGACCGGGUCCUUUCCCACCGGGACAGGUCUGGGGGCUUGGAUGGUGUUGCGCCUCCCGCGGCGGGCAGGCCUCCGCCUGCGUGGGUGAUGCACUGGGGUUUUCCCCUUAGUGUCCUUCGGCCCGGAGAAUGGUGGGUUGCUUCAUCGAGGUAGUGCCCGAGGGUUUCCCACUCCCUUUCCGGCCGUCGUCUCUCUCUGUGUACUUGUGGUGCUCCAGCUCUUUAGCUGUUGCGUUUGUGUCUGGCCUCAAUCCGUGCCCAGAAAUUGUUAAGCAGUUUUUUCCAGCGGGAACACAGGGGCUCGGUAGUGCCCAAGCGGUUCUCUAGAGACACGUGUACUUCGCCGGGCUGUGCAUCCGCCAUGUUAUAGUGGCUACCCGUCUGCAGGCAUUGUAGUUGGCUAAGGUUCGUGCCAGUCCUCAGAGACCAUGGUGUGGGGAUCUGAGCUAGCUGGACUGGGAUAACCCCCAUCGGUUCUGUGGGGGGUGGGGGGUAGCUGGGUACCAUGGGUUUUGCUUGUCUUGAUGGGCUGGGAGAGCUGCCGUCUCUCCCAUGCCCUACAUGCUGUAGGCCCCAAGCCUCUGCUCGGACAUUCUGAUGGGUACUUGGGCUUGAAAGGUAUCCCCCGAUUCACCAGCCUCAGUAGAGUAAGAUGAGGUGGGCUGCGGUUAGAGCCAAGGCUUUGUGCCCCUGUUUGCAGUCGACUAUCGGGCCCAGGCCCAGGAGCUCACAGAAAGUGUGUCUGGUCAGCUCCACAGCCAGGCUCCGCCCCAGAAUGUUACUUUUUAA